AAGGAGUCUAGUCUGGGAAAAUAUUGCCCACAGCAGACUACUUGGCAUUAAAGACGACUGGCGGUAGGAGCUGCGCUGACCCGUUUCCAGAAUCUACUGUUCGGUUUUCUUGGCAAUAAGUUUGGAUCAACGUGGUGGAGAAACAAGAGGAAAACCUGCAUCUUUGCCUAAAUGGUGUAUGCCUGAUCUGUUCUUCCAACUCUCCUGCCAGUUGCUGGCGUCAUUUCGAACAAGGAAAACUCACAGUGAAAUUUAACACACUUAUUUGAAAGGCAGCUUAAACAUAUUUGAAGGGUUAUUAUAGCUCUUGAGGAAGUAUACAACCAAACCUUUCAACCAAUCAUUUCCACGAUACCUCUGUGUGACGACAUGGCAAAGAAAAACAGCCAAAAGGAUACAUCUGGGGUGGUGUUUGACACUCGCUCAAAAAUGGCCAUGUCCCAGGGAGGAACAGCUGAGAGGAUGAAGGAGAAGAUCAGUGCUGUCAGGGCGGUUGUCCCCAACAAAAGUAACAAUGAGAUUGUGCUAGUGUUACAGCAUUUCGAGAACUGUGUGGACAAGGCCGUUCAAGCUUUCUUAGAAGGCAGCGCAGUUGAGAUCCUGAAGGAGUGGAAUGUCACUGGCAAAAAGAAGCCCAAGAAGAAAAAGAAGCCCAAGCCUCAGCCAGAGGCCACAGCAGAGCCUGCUCCACCUGAGACCAGAUUGCCCGAGGAGGACAAGAAUGAGAUGAAUGGCUUUCAUGCCAACGGAUCGGUAAUGGAUGGAGAGUCACUUGAUUCUCUGAGUGAACAGUUGGACUCCGCCUCCCUGGAUGCCGCUGAGCUGGACUCUGAGCCCGCUACAUCCGAAACCACCGGUGCAGAAGCAGAAAGUCCAGGUAGUGCUCCAAGUCCCGCUUUACAGCAAGGAGGGAGGAAUCACCAGGGUCCCAGAGGCAACAAGACCCGACAGAGGCCAGGCUCAAAUUCACAUCCACCCACUCCCUUAUUAGCACCCACCACUGAUGAGCAAGGAUCGUCAGGAGCCAAGAAGAUAGCUUCUAACAUUGACCGCUCUGUGAAGGACCUGCAGAGAUGCACUGCCUCACUGACUCGCUACAGGAUGGUGGUCAAGGAGGAGAUGGACUCCUCAAUCAAGAGAAUGAAGCAGACAUUUGCUGAGCUCCAGAGCUGUUUAAUGGACAGAGAAGUAACUCUACUGGGAGAAAUGGACAAAGUGAAAGCAGAGUCCAUGUUGAUUUUGGACGCCCGACAGAAGAGAGCAGAGGAGCUCAGACGGCUGACAGACCAGUCGGCAUCCAUGUCUGAGGAGCAGUUGACUGAACUGCGUGCAGACAUCAAGCACUUUGUGAGUGAGCGUAAAUAUGAUGAGGACCUUGGGAAAGCUGUAAGAUUUACAUUUGAUCUUGAACCGCUGAAGACGAGCAUCAUAGGGUUUGGAUCAGUUUACCAUCCACGAACAGGCUACUCAAAUCGGUCCCGCUGUAGCUCCACGUCCUCUUCUGUCGCCAGCCCAAGCCUGCUGGAAACUCCUCCUCCCACCCAGACCCAAAGCAUCCCCAGUGAAAACCGCCCUCCACCAAACAAACAGAUUUUCCAAGGCAACAGGCGUACCUUCCAGGGACAAGGGUAUCACUCGGGCCCACGGUACAACGGCAGUUCCUACCAUGACAGGAAUGCCGGCCGUGCUAACCACCGCUACCAGAGUGACAGUGGCUCCUCUGGUCCUACUUCACAUCACUUUAACAACUCGAGAGGCCCCUCCCGUUCCUCCACGUCCUCCUACAACCAAGACCGACCCUCUCAUAACGGCCUGCCCCAAAGGCCUCCGCGGACGCACUGCCCUUGACAUUAGAAAUCCCGUGCUCAAUCCAGCCCAUCUACUAACCCUUGCCUUCCCCUCCCCAUAACCUAGACAGUCUACCCCCUACUAACUCCUUUCAAUGAAGAAUAGAAUACAAGUUUACAUAUUCCCGUCAGUUGAGCUGUAGUGCCACCUCUCUGCAUCAAUCUAUUCAUCCCUCAAACUUUAAAAUCUCUCACUCUUCUGUAAUCGCUCUUCCUUUUGCCCCAUUCUGGAUAUGGUAACAGCUUCUAUCUUUAGGCUCUGUUGAUUGCUAUGCUAUUGUCAGUCUCUUAUUAAUUGUUUGAAGUUAAGCAGUCUGCCAGAGACUGACAGGACUACCUGCAACAAUUUGUGCACUAUUGAAGUUGAACUCUUAGUACUAUUUCUAUUUUUGCUGUGGCUUUUGUCAGCUCUCUGAUUUGCACCUCAGAUCUUUUUUCUUUUCCUUGUCUCCCAGAACCAUUUCAAUGCCUUCACCGUGGAAAGCAUUGUGAAAGUGCAAAAGUAGCUCCGGCAUUAACAGGGGUUUCUGUCAUCAGGAGAGUAUACACGCAAUCAACACUACAGACUAUCGUUAAUUGUUUGCAAGGUAUAAAAUGAAACAUAUCAAACUGUAAUCCAGAGCUUUUCGUAUGGCUGCUACAAACAAUAGGAAACGUGUUAAUGCUAGGACUUAGAUGUGUUUGAGAGUAACCAAGGUUGUCCUCUUAAAGGAAUAGUUCGACAUUUGAGAAAUAGCUCCUUCCCUUUCUUGCAAAGAGUUAGAUGAGAAUAUCGAUACCUCUGAUGUUUGUAUGCUAAUUAUAAAGCUAUCACCAGCAGCAGUUACCUGUUCUAGUGUAACAAAAUCAGCCUACCUGCACCUCUAAAGCUCACCAAUUAACACUUUCUAUCUUGUUUGUUUACUCUGUACAAAGGUUGAGGUGUAAAAACUACAAGUUGUGGUUUUAUGUGCUAAACAGAGCAAAGCUAGCUGUUUCCCUUGUUUCCGGCCUUUAUGCUAAGCUACGCUCAUCAGCUGCUGGCUGUAGCUUUGUAUAUACCGUGCAGACAUGAGAGUGGGAUCAAUCUUCUUAUCAAACUCUGCAAGAGAGCAAAUAAGCGAGUUGUCAAACCAUUUCUUUAAAUAUUGCUCAAGGAAGUGACGUAUCACGCUCUCACUGGCCAACUGGGCUUUCAUGUGUGCUGUUGUCCUUGGCUUGCUGUCCAUUAUUUUAUAACAGAGAGAGGGCUCAUUACCUUUUGUAGAAUAAUGUUAAAUGAUGUGUUAAAACUCACAAGAAAGGAAACGGUCCACAUGCUGUUUUAUGGUUAGUUCUCAACAUUUAUUCAGAUGGAUUUUCUUCCACAUGCACCGUUUCUCCUUUGUGUUAUGUUGUUAUAUGCACGUGAAUGGCAUAUAAAUGACGUGCUUGCCUUUAGUGACAGAGAGACUUCACAUUUGCCUUUCUAUAGACAUGGAUGUCUGCAUCAUGACUGCUUUUCUAAUCAGACGGUACUUGUAGAGCAGACGUGCGGUUUAUGAUUAUGUGUAAGAAUAAGCUGCAAGAUCUCUUCUUCCCCUUUUUUAUAUACUCGCUUUAUCUCGUCUGUGAAAGUAAAAUUCAACAAACUGAUGAAUGCAUUGGAAGGUUGUAUUGAUUUCACAGAUUUUAUUUCUCUGUGGCUGCCAAGUAGACGCUUCAAGGCUGUUGCUAGGGUUGAGUCUCACCGUAGGGUCCAUAGUUUGUGAACAAAAAGCUGGUGAAUACCUCAUCAUCUUCUUGCAGCGGGCUCCUAUUAAGGGAUAGCAAGCCCUGGUGAUUCCGCAUGUCCCAUCAUCUUGUAGUUAUGUGCAUACAAGUAUGUGGAGCUGCAAGGUUGUAGUGUAAAACUGGUUGUUACAUUAUUGCUUCUUCAUAAUGUGUCGCCUUCCCUUAAGUAGACUUCUGAAAAAAAUGAAUUUAAAAUACUAUGCCCCCCCCUCUUUUUUCCCCUCCAUAGGCUUCUUUUGAAUAUAGUGAGAUUAUUAUUAUUUUUAUUAUUAUUAUCCAGUAAUUAUAGUAGUGAAUAUUAUGGAGAAAUGAUUGCUAACUUGCAUUCUUUGGUAAAUAUGUGCUGUAAUGAUACAUAAGUAUGAAGUAUGUUACCCAUUGACUUAAACGAACAGUUUGACAUUUUGGGAGAUAUGCUCAUUCCCUUUCUUACUGUUUGAAAACACUUCUGGUAAAGCAUAAAUCGCACCUUUGCUCAUUGUUGCCCCCUGUGGCUGUUUGGGGGGGAACAAACGACACCUGUGGUUAAAUAGUUUUCCUCCCUCCAGGAGCAGAAAUUAGUCCAUUACGGCUUGGCAUUCUACAGUGAGGCGAAGAAGCACUAGAAAACUGAAUUGGUUAAGCAACCAAAAGUUGAAACACAUGCUUCAGCAGCAGUGUUCUCAAACUGUAUUUUCUGGUUUUACGAGAAAAAAGACUUAACUGGUUGUUUGGCAAAAGUACAUCCGCCUCCAUUAAAAAGCAACACACAGCCGCCUCCCAGAGCUUUUCGUGGAACCACAGUAACUAUCUCUUCUGCAGAGUAUUAUUCCUGAAUGGGACUAGGAAAGAGGUGGAAACAGCUUUGUUUCCGGCACUUCUAAAGCUCACUAAUUUACAUGCUAUAUCUUGUUUAUACAAGAACCUUUACAACAACGAUAAUUCAGUUUUAACAGGGUUCAUGUGCCAGGUUAUUUCUUGGUCAGUAUCUUCCUGGAGUCUCCGCUGCUGGCCUGGUGACCGCUCAAAGCCAAGAUGUAGUCCAGCACAUAACCCUCCUUAAAAAUGGAGAAUUGUCUUUUUAAUGGAUUAAACAAAAAAAGAUGUAAUGUGUUAAUGAGUGAGAUUUACAGGUGCAUUUAGGUGGAUUUUGUUAACUUUGGACAGAGCCAAGUUAGAAGUUUCCAGCCUGAAGGCUACUCACGGCAGCAUCGUGUGUUAUCAAUCCUCUCAUCUAAGUCACAGUAAGAAGGUGUAUUCCUUUAAUUGCUUAAGGUGGUAUCUUUGUUAUGUCGGAGAUUUUUAUUGACUGACGUUGAUGGGGAAAUUGUACCAAAUUCCUCAACCAGUUCUCCUCUGCUUAAUGAUGGUGGGUUGCAGGACAGAAUCUGCUUUUAUUCCAACAUAUAUCUAGUGUUGGAGGUGCUGGACUUGUUCAGUCAAGACUCAGAGUAGUUUCCUCAUCUGGGAUUUUGUCCGUUUCACUUUUUUUUUUUUUUUUUUUUUUUGGUUUUACAUUCCAAGCUGUAGGAAUAUUAGGUUAUUCGCCAAAGAAAUUUUGUCCUGCUUAAAGUUGCUGGCUUUUUCUUUCUUUCCUCGGCCUGUAAAGAAUUCCAAAGGGGAUAAAUCCAACACUUCACCAUUUCUUCUUCCUCUUCACACCUGACUUUGUUUUCUGAUUCCUUCCUAUGUAUAUACAUAUAUGUAGCUAUAUAAUUUUGUGCUCACAUGGGGCAUUUUGUAUGUGAUAUUCAUAUUAGGCAUAAUGGAGGUUAAAACAUCUACUUCAUUUUUCCAGUAGAUCUUGUGUCCUUCUUGUCAAGACAACUUUUCUGAGACAACUGUAAACUCAAGUGCCUUUUCUUGUCUCCCACCGAAUCAUUGACAUCCCUACCACCAAAAUAUGGACCAAAGACAUCGACCGUCCCUGACACCCCCUCGCCUCUCCCCUCUCUCUCUCUCUCUCUCUCUCUCUCCCCCUCCCCCACUCACUGAAUUGCACACUUUUCAUUUACUACAAAUAAACAGUUUGCAAUACUAACUGUA